UCUCUCUCUCUCGCUCGCUCUCCCUAAAUCAGCCCCAAUAGACUGCAGCACCACACAUGUUCCAGACAUGCUCGCACAAAGACGAGGAUGUGUGGAGGUAUUAGCUCAGUAAUUACGCACACACACACACACGAACAUGCAUCACACACACACAUACACACACAGACGAACAUGCAUCACACAUGCAUGCCUGUACUGUAUCACAACCUGCCUCUCAUUUGUUGGACUGGCAGGCAUUUUGGGAAAAAUGAAAGUGGCACCGGAGAGACGGGGAUGAAAAAGAGAGAGAGGAUAAAAGAAGGUAUAGGGCAGGGGAGGCAGCCAAAGCAAACUGAAAAGGUUAGACAGACAGGAAGUAAAUGGAGAUGAACGGAUAAAAAAAAAAGAAAGAAGAUGGGGGAUGGAGGGAACAUGACGGAGAAAGGACAAGGAGCGAUAGUCAGGAGCCAAAAAGAAAAGUGAGAGUGUCAGUGAUGAGGAGGGAGAGUGAAAGGGAGAGUCAGCAAGCGCUCAUUCGCUCACGAAAGACGAGAGUGAGUGAGUGAGUGUGUGUGAGAAAGAGAGGGGAGGAGUGAGCGAGAGAGGGAGGAGUGAGUUGGAAGAGGGAGGAGUGAGAGAAAAAGAGAGAGAGAUAGUGUGUGUGUGUGUGUGUGUGAGACAUUGUCAUCCAGUCCUGCCAGAGAACAGCAGCAGCAGCAGCGCGAGCAUCACCAGCGGACGGGAAUCAGACGCACUGAGCAGACGGAGGAAAUUACAGGAAUACUCUGAUGAAGAAGCAGCAGCAACAAAGGAGGAUGGAAUAAAAACAAAAACAAAAAGGCAAACAAAAAGCAUUUUAUUGCUUUUCCUUUGCUCUUCACACUUCUGUUUGGAGCAUCCCACAAGCAGAGCACCAGUGAAAACACAUACAUAUGAUAUAUAUAUAAAAUUCCUAUACAUAUAUAUCAAAUUAUGCCUGUUUUCAAAGAAGCUGCAGCCGGACAAGGACUGAAUUGACAACAAAGUGAAUCCAAAUUGGGAGAAAAUUUGCAGCAUUUGCUUAAAAACUGUUGCAUAUCAAAGCUUUGAGAUUUUUUUGUCGAUUUUUUUUUUUUUUGCUCAGUGGGAGAAAAAAAAAAAAGACAAAAAAAUACAUUGAUGCAAAUGGAAAAUUGGAAAAACUGGCAACUGAGUUGUUGAAGCAACAACAACAACAACAACAACAACAAAGAGCUGCUGCUGCAGACAGUCCAAUAUUUCCAAAAGGGGGGGCUUCUUUUUGAAAACAGGAUAUUUUCUGAUCUGCCCUCGGUGCCACGCCGCCGUUUGGCUGUCGCAUCUCCACUUGUCUCACCGAGCGGGCUGGGGGAGUAUUAUUCCAGCGCCGCUGAAAGUGCAGAGGGCAGUCCACGGGCUCCCUGACCCCCAAGCUGAUAUUUCCUCAGGGCUUGAGAGGAGAGGGUGAGGUAAGUUGUGGGAGAGAGAGAGAGAGAGAGAGAGGAGGAGGAGGAGGAGAGAGAUUAAGAUCAGAGCGUGAACAGAGAGACUGAAGCAUCAAAGAUCCCUCCGUGAUGUGGGACGCUCCACUCUGGUCAAGCAGCACGUUUCUUUUUCUUUUUUUUUUUUUUACAGGCAGCAGCACUAAGACAUUAAGAUCACAGAUUCAGUAUCACCACAUCAGCCCUCCCCCCUCUCUCUCUCUCUCUCUCUCUCUCUCUUCCUCCUCUCUCCUCUCCCCUUAGUCUCAGCACUUGUAGGGCAGGACUGAGCAGGCUGAUAGACAGAGUACCCAGCUGGUGUCCUGGGUCUGUUAGAGACCCCGGGAUCCGCAGGGGGGGGGACGGAGGGGGUUUCAGUGCAGAGUGUGCACGGAGCAGCAGCAACAGGAGCCCUGCACACGGCCAGCGCACAAAGCCAUUGGACUCCUUGUGUGUGACACUGACAGAGCGCUGUCACCAGGGGGAACUGAGCUGUUUGUGAGUGUGUGUGUGUGCAUGAGAGCGUGUGCGUGUGUGUGUGUGUGUGUGCGUGCGUGAGAGAAAACACGCCUCAGGUGCAAGAGGGACGCUUCUGGACUCUGUAAUCACCAUAGGAUUUCAGCCCGACAAGAGCCCGGAGUAAUGUUUUAAAGAGCACUGAGCAGCUGUUUUUUACCUGUUGUGUCUGUGGCUGGAAAUAGGAAGGAACUAUCCUACAUAAUCCUUCCAAAAUAAAAGCUGAAUAUUUAAUAUCACUCAUAAAGACACCAGGGGCUGAAAGAGUGGAACUACACUUCCCAAGGAGGGAGUAACGUUCACCAAAGUGGAGCAAGGUGGCAGCGAAAAGAUGCCCACCACAAAAAUAAAAAAGCUUCCUUUGAACAGUGACACUGAGAGUAGGAGGGUGAUAGAUGCGAGUUAAACUCCGAGUUGUUCCUGGACACCAGAACUGAUCCGACUCCAGACUAGAGCUUCAGAGUUGUUAUCCACUCAGGAAUAUGAGUCGGUCUGUGGAGUGAGAAGCCGUUCACGUUGGGAGCCCGUGACUGUCUGUGAGUUUUUGAGAGGAAUCUGCCGUCGCUUUUUUUUUUUUUUCAUUGUGUGGCAGCUCCGUCAGGAACCCAGUGUUCUCACUUUCCUCGGAUUAUUCAUCCACUCAGCAGGGGAGCUCCAAAUGCUAGAAAUGCCAGAGGCAAGUUCAUUCAUAGGUAACACGCCCUCCUAAACUGGAUUUCCUCCAAGCCUCCAGAUCUGGAUUUGUCUACAACCGCCUCUGCUGUCUGCUCAUGACAUAUGGCUUUGUGAAAGGAGCUUUAAUUUGGGCCUCUCAUUAACAAUUACACAUCUGAGCCAUCACGAGACAUUGGAGUAAGUUCAAGAUGGCCGCCUCCGUGCAUCCGGUCUUGAUAAGCUUCUCGCUGGCCGUCCUCCUGGGUCUGACCUCUCUGGGCGGACUGAGCUCGCGGCCCUCGGGUCAGGCUUCGGCCCAGGUCCCCACCAACAACCAGACAACGGAGCCCUCUGUGUUGCCGGAGGCCGCCCUGGCCACGCCCACGCCGGACACCGAGGACCAAACGGUUCCAAGUAGCGGUAACCGAUGCUGGGGUUACUAUGACGUCAUGGGCCAGUGGGACCCGCCCUUCAACUGUAACGCAGGUAUCUACAUGUUCUGUUGCGGCUCCUGCUUCUACCGCUUCUGCUGCCAGUUCAAAGUUCACAGUCUGGACCAGACUUCCUGCUCCAACUAUGACACACCUGUGUGGGCCAACACCGGGAAACCGGCGGCACCCGUCACAGAGGUCCAGGAGGAGCCCGACCGGGAUCGGACCCACAUGAUCGUGUAUAUUAUCUGUGGAGUGGUGGCCAUCAUGGUGUUGGUGGGGAUUUUCACCAAGCUCGGGCUGGAGAAGAGUCAGGGAGGACAGACGGACAUGACCAACUCCAGGACUCUGACGGAGCUUUUGAAGCAGCCGGGGGAGGCAGGAGCAGUGGACGGAACUGGGGUUCAUCAUCCAAUAGGGACCAACGGCAUCUCCGCCAGGGCCCUACGCUCCAACAACGAUCACAACCAUCUGAACAACGCAGCCUUGUCUCCCCUGGGUCCAGCCAUGGCUUUGUCUCACCCUCAUAACAACCUGGGAAUCGGCUUCAACAAGUACACCUCGCUCAAGGCCGUGGACACGGCUGCGAGAGACUACUACAAGAGCUACCCAAUGGUAGAUUACACCCAUCGCCAGUCCCCUCCCACUUUCCAGCCGAUCAACUUCCACCCCAAAGACAAGCCCUUCCUCCCGCCGCCCGACAUCCACGCGCCGCUGGCCAUCACCAUCAACGCCUCCCAGAUCCCCAAGCCGAAGAUCUCCAAGACCAACACCCACCCGCUCACCUCCAGCUCGGCCUUCAAAGUAUGGGACCCCAGCAAGAGCCACGCCCCGCACCAGGCGGGCGCCCACAUGACCCUCCAGGGGCAGCAGCAUCACCCCAUCCAGCAGCAGCAGCAUCAGCCGCUGCACCAGCAGAACAGCCGUCGCCAGGCCUACUCCAACAAGAGGCAGUUCAGCAUCGAGACGCUGCCCGAGCUCUUCUCGCAGCCGCUGGGCUACGGCCACUCGCCACACAUGCACCCCAAGCACAAGGGACUUCCCACCAACAGCAAGACCGAAGUCACCGUCUGAACGUGGCGGUGAACGGGUGAAUCAGACCGAAGAAGAGGAGACAAAAAGAAACAGAGCAAAGUCGAAUAGGGAAAUGUUCAGAUAUCUUUUUAUAUCCACAGCCGUAAUGGCGAGACGGGGGGGCGAGAAAUAUCGUAUCUGGAGUUUUUUAAAACUGCAUUUUCCGCAUCACUGUUGACAAUACUGAGAAUAACACGAGAGAUAUCUGUUACUUUUAAGAGCGCUGGAUCCGAACGGCGGCAGACGAGCUGUGAAGGCGGUGGACUGGCAGGAGCUGGCUGUGACUCUUUGAACCCGACGGCUCUUCUAAAUAAUUGAGUGGCCUCUCAGUGUGUUGGCACAGCUCUGUCCUCCUUCUCCUCUCAACCCCCCCCCCCCCCCCCCCACCACCCCGCACCUCAAUGACACCAUGUGCAAAAAGGUUCAAAUCCCUUCACUCAAGACACUAUUUAACGCACAAACGAAGCCAGACUCGGAGGCUGUCAGUGAGGCUGGGGGCCUCCCAUCAGCAGAGACAAAGCCAUUGUGUUGUCAGCCUGUUGCCCUCCAGCCCUCCGCAGAGCGAGAUAUCAGCCUGGCCAUUUAUACCAGGGAGGAGGGGGGGGGGGUGUUCAUCUCAUUCCAGGGGCAAAUGAGAUGAGAAUGAUCUGAACCAUGUUGCACACACACACACACACACACACACACACACACACACACACACACACACACACAGCUACAUAAGGUUCCCAGCAGUGUCGGAGAGGCCGCUGACACACAAACAGAAAGUCUGGAGUGGAAUAAGUGAGGAGCUUUUCUUGUUUGUAUCUGUAGCUGCAGCUGCUCCCGGCGACUGCAGAUGUUUAUACCUCUAAAGGAAACCCCUGGAUGUUUUACAAAGGUCAUCACAAAGUCACUGCAUCCUCCCUCCCUCAGUCCUCACACUGAGCUUCAGUCAGAUGAACAUCAGUGCUGCAUUCAGUCCUCAAACAUCCACUUCUAAAAACAAACAAAAAAAGAUGGUGUGCGUCUGGAUGCAGGAAGAGAAAGCAGCGGCGUGUUACCAGGAACACCUUCUCCCAGUAUGGCUCUGCCUAAACACAGCUGUUUGAGGUGUGUGUUUACCUCUGCGAUGCUAACACAAUCUGAGAGGCUGAACCCCCCCUGUCCCUCCCCCGGUCAGUGAGACGCUUUAACACCCGCAACUACUCGACUGAAUCAAACACAGCUCCGGCCUUUGGAGAGGGAACGGUCACAUUUCUCAUUUUAAAUGUGGCUAUAAAAUAUUAUUAUCUAUUCACACACUGCAGUAAUUUUUCAGUAACGAGUGUUGUCAGGGGAUCCGGCUACAAUUUACGGCAGGUGCGCACACACCUGCAAACCUCCGCAAUUACUCACAACAUGAGAAACAACGCGGCCAGUGGAGCUUCUUGGUGAUGAUUUAUUUCACUUUGAUGAUCAGAAAAACAACAUUUUAUAUAAACAAAUCAAAACAGCAUGUUUAGCUUUUCCUGCUUUCUUCUUCUACUGUGUGCUUUCAAUAGAUUUGUCCACAACACCCCACCCCCCCCACCCCCCACCACCCCCACAGCGUCGGAGGACUGAGGACUCAGUUUGUGACUUUGAUGGAGCAUUGUUAACAGUUUGUCUCUCUGUGUUCGCUGGACAGACUGUGUUGGGAGUGAUGGGAGUGUUCCUCCUGCUAACUCCAGGGUUGUAUUAGUCUUAGCUAGCUAGUUACUGGUAAGCCUGCACUCAGGAAUCACCUGGUUUUGUAUAGUGUUGCAUGCAGUCAAUGGGCUAACAUUAAGCUAGCUGUGGAUGCUUUUAGUAAAAACCUCCAAACGAUAGAAUAGAAACCAAAUCACUUUGUAUCUAUGUAGUAAAAUACAAACCAUUCUCCAUGAGUCUCCUUAGAGGAGUGUAACUGCAGUGGAAGUCAGACUCACAUGUGUAGAGGCACUGGCAUGUGCGGAUGAAUAUGCGGAGCGAUGAGGUCAUCAGGUAGGUCGGAUGUAGAUCCCUCCGCAGCGAUUCCAGGCAGCCGGUCGUGUUUAUUUGGAAAGCUGUGGGAGACUCACACACCGUUCACCUGGUUUCCCCAGAUCUCUAUAACGGAGGGAACAGGUGUGAAGAGUCACAAUGGAGGCGUUUACAUGGGAAAAUACACCUGGAUGAAACAUGUUGACAUUUCUAUUUAAAGGGACAGUUCAGGUGUUUUUGACGUGGGGUUGUGUGAGGUAGUCGUGAAUAUAGUCGGUACAUUACCUGCAGUAGAUUCUGUUGGCACUACAUUUCCUCAAGCCGCUGAACCACCGGACCUGCUGAGCUACACCGCUUUCUGAUGCACUCGGCUGACCUGCGUAGGAAUACGGUUGUUCAGCGGUUGGAAAGUGUAGUGCCGAAGGAAAGAGCUGAAGAUAAAGAGCUGAAGAUAAAGUGCUGAAGAUAUUCUACAUGAAGCUUCAUUUAAACGGUUAUUGGAUCGUUUUCGGGGGGUGGUUUUUUAAAAGUGUGUAAACGUCUAAAAACCUGAACUGUCCCUUUAAAGGAACCUUGGAAGGAGCUCGGCGAGUAACAACAGUAAUGAAAUGAGUUAUGUAAGCAAUUCCUUCUGCUGACAAGUAAUUAGUGAUUGCUUUUUCAAUGAGUAAUACAUUACAUUUGUCAAGUAACUUGUCCCACAUUGGUUAUUGAUGGCCUCAGCAUAGAAAUUCGAUGCUGCUCUCAGCCGUCAGAAUCCCUCUCUUCCCUCCACACCACAUAUUCUCACCUCCACCGUCCAGAAUUCACCUUCAUUUGUCAUGACGAGGACGCCGGCGACGCCGCAGCGCACAUGCUAUAGCACAUUAGACAAGUGGUGGAGCCUCAUCGAACGGCGGCACUUACCAGAGUCACACACUGUUUAGUUCCUCUGUCUCUGUCUCUCUGUCAUCCAACCCCCUCGACUCCCGCCCCCCCAUUCUCGUGCGUCCAUGUCCACGGAGGGUUGAGCGACGGAGGCUGAGCACUUGUCUGACGUUUGGUGCUCAGUGCAACAAGCUGUUGUCAACCACGACAUUGUGGCCGGGUCGUCUUAGCACGUGUGUCGGGGAGAGACGUGUAAUUAAUGAGAGUCAGUCACAGUAUGGCAGGCGCCAGGUUUCCUCCCCGGUACACCAUCACACUCACACACACAUGCAAUCACUCACACAAGAAAACUCCAGCAUGAUUACACUCAACACACACACACACACACACGAGAGGAAACACACACACACAACUAGCAUCCACAAACACAUGAAUGACCAGAUGCUUCACGAUAUAUUAUUCACAUCUGGAGCUUUUCAAGUGGCAGCAGGCUUCCUUAAAAAGUGGAUUUUAUGUAACUGAGAGUUUAAUUUUUGAAUUCAUUGAAUGAUUUCUUUUUUUUUUAUUUUCUUUUUUUUUACCUGCCAUCAGAAACGUCAAUCAGCCAAAUUCCCCUGUUUGCAUCUCAAUUUUAUGGAGCUGUUCCUGUACACAAGCACAUAAAAUGAGCAACGGAGUAAAACUUUAAUGAGAGGGAAUAAAUUAGCAAUAUAAUGCAGGGUUUGUAAUGCUGCAAUGGCUUCUCCACUUUACCCCUCCAAGAUGAGAAAAAGCUGUUAGGCAAGCUGUUGGAGUGGCGCUCCGCGCUGCUGGCAUGCUUUUGUAAUAAGGGAUCAGCAGAGAAUGGGGAUCAUGAAUACAAAAGCAUCAAUGGGAUAUGCACGGUGUGAAUAUGCAUCAAACACGUCCGCGCUCAUGCCCUCGCCAGCGCUGCACAGUAUGUGAUGCACCAUGUUGCAGGAGGUUUUCUUCUCCGUGCCCCCCCCCCCUUUGACUUCCAUCCCCACGAGGUGCCGCACUACUAAUGGGUCACUUCAUAUGAAAAGCUUUCCGGCCUCUGAAAAAGCUCUACCAAAAUAUUCUGUGGGGUCUGUCCUUAAUCACUCGGAAAGCAUUAGAGGUUGAGAACAAACGAGGAAUGACAGCGAGUAAACAAGCAAUACGCGUCAGUAAAGCAAUAAGCGCCCAACCGUCCUCCCCCCUCUCCUUAUCUGUCUGUCUGUCCGUCUCUCUGGAGCCCUCCUCUGAGUUUAGGGGUGGGUGCUAAUGAGGGAGCGGUUGGGAUGAAACCGACGGGAGAGCUGAUGAAGGAGAUGAGACAGAGAGGAGAAACGGAGUUGCAUGGACACAGCUGAUAACAGCCGCGGUUGUUUUUCAUUCAGAUUCGUCUGGGUCGUCUGAAAACAUUCAUUCUGGGUUUUAUCUCUCAAACGCAUUCUGUGACUGUAGUCGGAAAGGGAAAGCUGGUCUCUGAAUUGCACAAUUUCACCAUCAACGUUACUGUUGUGGAAGGGGUCUCGGAGGGACGGGACCCUUUCCUACGUAAUGUUGUAAUGCUACUGCUAACAAACAGCAACUGCAGGACCGACAGAGCCCGAGGACAGGCUACCAGCAGAAGUCAAAACGACUGACAACCUUUUCUCAACUUCCCUCACUUCCUGUCGGCCGACACGGCUCAGAAUGAUUGGCCGACAGAGUUUGAGCGAGCACUGUGAACGGUCCAUUUGCUCUUUGGGAGAUCCUCAUCAGAGGCGCCACGAUCACACCGGGCGAUCGUGCUGAAGUGCUGGAACACAGCGACACCUUCCCAUGAUUAACUUCCCCGCGCUCAGACGCCCUUCAAUGCUGGAUGGACUUCUGUGACUCCCUUCAGGCAAAGCAACGCCUGGAAAAACAGCCAGUGAAGUUGAAUGAAUUAGACUGAAAAAGCCUCUGUCGUGGACGAUGUAAAUACUUGAACACAUGCACAAACACACACACACACACACACACAGAGGAAACGAGGAGGCGUACACAGAAGUGUAACGCUUAUUAUAUCUUCCAUACAAUGUCCACAGCUGUGUGGUACGAAACAGGACCAAAAGCCUUGAAUCAGGAGAAACUGAGUACACCUAACUGAUGCUGAAACAUCCCAAACAGAGAGAAUGCUGAGACUGUUUAGGAUCAUCAGCUUAGCGUGCAUUUACUCAAUCUCUCCUGAUUAUUAACAGACUACGGCGUCGCUUGCUCGUCUCAGAGCGAACUGACUGUUUGUUUGUAAAACUUCCUCUAUAUAAAAGAAACGAUGCAAGUAUUCUACCGCAGGUUAUCUGAAUGCAACCUGGUAGACAUACUUGGGCUCCAUGAUCCCUAGCAAUAUAUAGAUUACAGUGUGUGGUUCAAAUGUUUCUUUGUUUCCUGUCGGUUCGUUUGUUUUUUGUACUGUGUUUUUUGAGCUCCUGUCAAAAACAACAACUACAAAAAAAAAAAAAAAAAAAAAAAAAGUUCAGUUGACCAAUGGAAAGUUAAAAGUGCUUCCAGAUUUUAAACUCACGGCGCCCUGCGCAUCCUUCCACCCCCCCCACCCCCCGUCACCUUCCCUAACCACCGGAGGACGUCAUACGUUUGAAGCUUGUGAUCUUUUGAGUUUACAUCGUAUGGCGUACAUGCAUACGUGUAUUUGAUGUUAAAAGAUAUUGCAUUGUAUCCAAGUGCUUUGCCAACACAUUCGCAGAAAGACGAAAGGAAGAUUCAGUGAUUUCUUGUACAGCUUUUGCAUCUGCAACAAAAUGGAAAAAAAAAACAAAAACAACAAAAAAAAAAAAUCAUGCGUUGUUUCAUGAUAAUUUGUAACAGGCAGCAAUAGGCUGCCUUGGAUUGCUAUGUACUACUUGUGUAUAUAUGUAUGCUGUACCACUUGUCUGCUGUGAAAUUUGUUGACUACUCAGCUUAUAUAAGGGCUUUUUCUAGAUAUAAAAGCAGACGGGGCAAUCUGACGUCACUCUCUGUAACUCAGACAAAUUUCUCUAGAGGUUUUUUUUGUUUGUUUUUUUAGGGAUGAAGGGAUAUGAACUGAAUUUUCAUGCAUACAAAAUGCUCUAUAAAUAAAGUUUUGACUGACUGACUGAAAUGUCCAUAGGCACUUAUACGACGUUGGCCCAUGUGUCCUGUUUGAAUAAAUCUUUCAAGAAAUACAGCAUUCAUUUGUUCAUCGUA